AUGUUGGCAUAUUUUCAAGUAUUGUUGUUGAUACUACAUUUUGUGAAUAAUUAUCACCCUGUGUCAGGAGGGACACUGUCUAACACACGGAAAAAUCUUGACUCCAUAAAGUCCUUGAUCUACAGAAAUGCUAAGGCUACAGUUACAUUGGACUCUACAGCUCUGAAGGAACUGGUCAAACUCUCAACAUCAGAUUCGCCAAAACCAACGAGGGGGGUCAGUUUCUCUGUUCAUGUUAGGACCAAUGCUCUGACAGUUGGAAAAGGACAGACUGUUAAAUACGAUGCGAUUCUGACAAACGAUGGCAAUGGAUAUGAUGACAGAACAGGAGUAUUCGUGUGUCCAGUGGCGGGAACUUACAUGUUCGUUGUUGAUACUCUCUGCUAUUUAGAUACUUAUCUUGCCAUAAAAGUAAACAAGAAAGCUGUGGCAUUUGUACAUAAGGCAGCUCAUCAGAAUGUUUGGAGUCAGAUUAGCAGAACUGUGAUAGUAAAAUUGAAACGUGGUGACCAUGUCAAAGUUGAAAAUGUAGGUGGAAGAACGUCAAUAAAUAACAAUGGAUAUUCUGGAUUUACAGGAACAUUGCUUUACUAA